AUGUCGGCUGCUAUUGCAGCUUUGGCUGCUUCCUAUGGUUCGGGUUCAGGGUCCGAAUCAGACUCCGACAGUGAGGGCGGACGAUGUUCGAUGCCAGCCGCGGAUUCCCUCAUGCACUUGACUAAAUCGCCUUCGUCCAGACCUUCUUUGGCAGUGGCGGUGGACUCGGCUCCGGAGGUGGCAGUUAAGGAAGAUUUGGAGACUGGAGUUCACCUUGACCCUGCUGUCAAGGAAGUUCAGUAUAAUCCUACCUAUGAAACCAUGUUUGCUCCUGAGUUUGGACCAGAAAAUCCCUUUAGGACACAGCAGAUGGCUGCACCUAGAAAUAUGCUUUCUGGAUAUGCUGAACCAGCUCAUAUCAACGAUUUUAUGUUUGAACAGCAAAGAAGAACUUUUGCCACAUAUGGUUAUGCUUUGGACCCUUCUUUAGAUAGCCAGCAGGUGUCUACUAAAUAUAUUGGUUCUGUAGAAGAAGCAGAAAAGAAUCAAGGUUUAACUGUGUUUGAAACUGGUCAGAAGAGAACAGAGAAGAGGAAAAAGUACAAAGAAAAUGAUGCAUCCAAUAUUGAUGGCUUCCUGGGACCAUGGGCAAAAUAUGUGGAUGAAAAAGAUGUAGCCAAACCUUCAGAAGAAGAACAAAAAGAAUUGGAUGAAAUUACAGCAAAGAGGCAGAAAAAAGGCAAACAGGAAGAUGAGAAACCUGGGGAGGAAAAGACAAUCUUACAUGUCAAAGAAAUGUAUGACUAUCAGGGAAGGUCCUAUCUUCACAUACCUCAGGAUGUUGGUGUUAAUCUCCGGUCAGCUGUGCCACCUGAGAAGUGUUAUCUCCCAAAAAAACAAAUCCAUGUGUGGUCAGGGCACACAAAGGGCGUCAGUGCUGUCAGACUGUUUCCUGUCUCUGGCCAUUUAUUGCUGUCUUGUUCCAUGGACUGUAAAAUUAAGCUGUGGGAAGUUUAUGAAGACCGGCGCUGCCUCCGAACAUUUAUUGGUCACAGUAAAGCUGUUAGGGACAUCUGCUUCAAUACGGCAGGAACCCAGUUCCUCAGCGCAGCCUACGAUAGGUAUCUUAAGCUCUGGGACACUGAGACAGGGCAGUGUAUAUCAAGAUUUACAAACAGAAAAGUACCAUAUUGUGUCAAAUUUAAUCCCGAUGAAGAUAAGCAAAAUCUGUUUGUGGCUGGGAUGUCUGAUAAAAAGAUUGUGCAGUGGGACAUUCGAAGUGGAGAAAUUGUGCAGGAAUAUGAUCGGCAUUUGGGAGCUGUCAACACCAUUGUUUUUGUUGAUGAAAACCGGAGAUUUGUAAGCACAUCUGAUGAUAAGAGCCUAAGAGUUUGGGAAUGUUGCCAUCAAAUGCAUGGUGAACCUUUCAUUAUAGUGAAAGUUUGGCUGGAUCCCAGCUUGUUUUUCUAUACAGUCUGUUACGAAUAUAAAGUCUGUUAUGAAGUGCAGCUUAACGGUGUUGAUAGCCUUUCAGAGACUGAAAAGUGUGUCCACCGCAUAAGCAGUCCUGCUUUACGAAGGAAAUGGCUAGCAUGCCAGUCAAUGGACAACCAAAUAUUAAUCUUUGGAGCACAGAACAGAUUUAGAUUAAAUAAGAAAAAAAUUUUUAAGGGCCAUAUGGUGGCAGGAUAUGCCUGUCAAGUGGACUUUUCCCCCGACAUGAGCUAUGUGAUUUCAGGAGAUGGAAAUGGAAAAUUAAACAUUUGGGACUGGAAGACCACAAAACUCUACAGCCGAUUCAAAGCUCAUGAUAAAGUGUGUAUAGGUGCAGUGUGGCAUCCUCAUGAGACAUCGAAAGUCAUAACAUGUGGUUGGGAUGGUCUCAUUAAAUUAUGGGAUUAA